GGCCAGUAUCAGCCGGCCAUGCGUGAUAAAUCUUAGCAAACCUAGACAUGUAGUUGCACGCAUCUACAGUUUCACAUCUACAGUAGUAUAGGCUAUAGUUGAGAGACAAGAGCCUGGAUCAUGUGGUCGAAAGACGAAGAUCCUUUGGCGAAUUGUUCACUAAUUACACCACAACCUUGUGAAGAGGAGAGGAAUUCCAAGCAUAUCGAAAAGAAUGCGACAACUUAUGAAUGUGUCUCGUGCCUUGACGAUGUUUUGUUUCCACCUAAGAAGAAACUCUUGCCCGCUGAGUUACGAAAACUAAACAGUAUAGCAAUCUUACUGUGUGUACUCACUCUACUGGUAGCAAUGUCUCUGACUGGCGUAAGUUAUGCGACUUACACAGACUCCAAAAGCUGUAGUAUAUUCGCGUUUGCAUUCGAUGCCCUACUUCAGGCUGUAUCCUCACUGAUGUUGAUUUGGAGAUUUUCAACUUUCACAACUGUAAGUUUGGAGCAAAAAGAAACAAUUACAACACUUGGAGUUGCUUUUGUGAAUGCUGUUUCAGCAAUUUCUAUUAUUGUACCAACUGUUGGGGUUGUGAUACGUCAAGAAAAGGCCACAAAUGCAAGAGUGUCAGUGAUAGUAGCUGCCGUAGGAAUGACAUUAUAUGCUGUAUUAUCUGUUCUCAAAUUUAAAGUAUCUCGAAAGUUAGGAAGUUCAGCUCUUAUGACGGAUACAAUAGAUUCUUUCGGUGGAGCACUGCUUGGUUUGAGCGUGUUGGUGUCUUCCCUCAUUUUGCUGUUUACAGAAAAAUUGUGGUUUCUAGACGCUAUUGUAGCGCUUGGUAUUGCUGCACUCAUGUUUUUAUAUGCUGUGGUUGUUAUAGUCAAGCAAGUUAUCAUGUGGAGAAAUACCGAGACAGAGGAGUUAUAAUGUUACUUAAAGUAACAGCUGUCAUUCUUUGUUAUAAUUAUAAAAUAAAUCAAGACAACUUCAAAGUUAAUAGCCGCAUAAAUUCUGCGUCGCAGGCUAGAUUGGUUGAAUUAUAAUCUGGUCACGCUUCAGUUCAAAAUGGGUUGUUCCUUCAACCACGGAUUUCACUGCUGUUCGAUUUGUUUGAUCUUGAAACACAAUCUUUCAUCAGUGUAAGAGGAGAUAAAAUAAUUGACAGACAAACAACUCUGUCGCAAUAACAUGCCAGUGCAUACAGUAUAUUGUUUCAAUGGGAUCUGGAUACGUCGGAUUACUAUAAAUGGUUAAUAGCACUUGCAAGUCGGCAAAGUCAAUAUUUUGAUAGUGUUAUUGUUGAUUUUAAGAUGUCAGCAUUGUCUAAACUAAAGGCCGACUGUAUGAAAUGAAACUUUUUCGUGCCCUAGCCCUACGCAUACAUGUGCGCGAAAAAGUUUAAUUGCUGGUUGUACACCAUACGUAUAUACGGUGCUGGUUAUGCCCCGGCCGGCGCUCAGCGUUUACAUUCCAUAUUGGACUGAAGGCCGUUUUCGACUUCAAUCGUACCGCAACGAAGCGUAUUUCUUUGUUUCCUGAGCACUAGAGUGGAACUAAAAACUUCGACACAAAAGAAAAUGCCAAGGUACGUUACGGCUGAAGUGGACUGUGGGGCCUUAAAAUGCCACUAACCCCCUUUUUUCAUAUAAUAAAUAACCGCUAUUUACGGAGUACAAAACUGGAAAAAAUUUUUUAAUCGGUUGAAUUCUCGCUAUUCUAUGGCUUCUCAAAGUUUGCACACAUUUGUUCCACGACCGAGUUUUGGGAGACUGGUGAGAGUUCAAUCGUAACGUAUGGUAGCAUUUUCUUUUGUGUCGAAGUCAUUAGUUCCACUCUAGUGGUCAGGAAACGAAGAACUACGCUACGAUACGAUACGAUACGAUUGAAGUGUCGUACCAUAACGUACAGGUGAGCAUGCGCAGUUUGAAGAUGGGUUUUCAAGUUUACGUACUUCCGGUUGAUUCGCGUAUAAAAAUAAAAAGUUCGUCGCAAGUCAACUUUUUAGCGUACUAUGGAAGUAUUAACCAAUCAACAUUCACUAAAUUUUGAAAUUUAAAAUUUGUUUUGAUACGUUACGGUACAGUACGCUUGGACUGGAAAACGGCCUUAAUUAAGAGCUCGAGGGUUAGGGCUCGAGGUUCGUAUACUGCAAUGCUGCAGUUCUCCACAAAGAUGAUCGUGUUUAGUCGCAAGAAAUUAAAAAGUUCAAAUUUUGCACAAAACAAAAUGUUGUUCGAAUGACUCCAGGUAAAACUUAGAAAAAUUUUGUGAAACUUUUUUUAAAAAGAAAAGUAUGGGGAGUAUUGUUUAGAUAGAGUAUUGGUUUAGAUAGAGUAUUGGUUUAGAUAGAGUAUUGGUUUAGGGCGGAAAUGAAUUGAACUGUUUUAACAAUGCUGAUAAAAUUGUAUUACA